AUGACCAUCGUGGUCCUGGCGCCUCCUUCGACCAAAACAAAGCGCCGCGAACCGCUGGGGUCGAUAGCAAUGGCGGCCUUUCAGGCGCAAUCGCGGUCCGCGCCCGCGUCUAAUGGAGCCGGCAGAGGCGAACGGCGGACUACACGAAACAGCGCGAGUAAACAGGGGUUGGAAGAGAUCAUAAACGAUGGCAAGCGGAAAGCGGGUGAGUGUUACAAUACUGACAGUGGGAAUUAUGAAGAGGACGCAGAUGGAUUCCAAUUCUCUAUCGUGCCAUCUAAGAAACCACGGCCAUCACUUGAAGCAGUUCCCGAGGUUUCUCAUUCAGAUGUGGAAAAUGCGCCUCCAAAGUCCACCCCGCGCAGAGGACGACCACCGAAGAAGCGAGCAGAGGAGAAAGCAAGAGCAGGCCCGGUGCCAGUAAAGGGCCAAACGACCGAACUUCCGACCAGGCGACCCACGAGGGGAACAGCGAAAGGCGCAGAUACCGAGCACGAACCUCAACUGGAGAGUGCGACGCGUUCAUCAGGGACUCGUGAACCGCUGGAAUAUCAACCCGAGGAGAAGAAGCGCAAAAGGGGGCGACCUGGAAAGCCGAAACCCACUGAACAGAAUGGUUUCAAGUCUCCCGAUCAACCACCCGCGGGUACCAAAAUCGCUCUACCCAUCGCCGACACUCCGGUCAUUCAGCGGAACAAGGAGCUGAGAGGGGGUAAAUCGGAUAAGGGUCAACGGCGAAGCAGCUUGGGGUUGCGGGGACGAAGAGCCAGCUCCUUGAUUGACUCGGGAGCUUCUAACGCAUUACCUCACCGAGAGGUCAGCACAGCUGAUUUCUACAAACAUAUUGCGGACGACGGUCUUCCCGAGCCGCGCAGGAUGCGACAGCUUCUGAUUUGGUGUGCAACGCGUGCUUUGGGAGACAAACGCUUGGGUUCUCACUCUGACGAUCAGAGUGCACGACUAGCAGCCCGUGCGAUCCAAGAAGAUUUAGUGAAGGAAUUCUCAUCCAACUCGGGGCUUUCAAACUGGUUUAGCCGCGAAGACGUGAAUCCCCCGACAGUGGUCGUGAAGAAGCCGAAUCCAAGGAACGUACAGAAUACAGAUAAGAUCAAGGAUCUGGAGGAACAAAUACAAAAGCUUCAAAAGGAGCGACAUGCUCUGAAUGCACUUUCUAAACAACCGCCUAUUCCACGCAUCAGUGAAAGGGGCACAGGUCCCUCCGAUCAGGCAAAGGCCGAAAGAUAUCCCAAGAAACCCUCACCCAAACAGAUCGACUCCGCUCUCCUCGACCCCUCACAACAAUCUAUACUUGCAUCACUUGAUCCUUCAGCAAAAGUCCAACCACAACCAGAAGAGCCCUCGUCUUCAUCUACAACCCAACCCCCUAUGUCCCCAUCUACCGUCUCCUCUCGUCUUUCCCGCAUUACCACUGUUCUCGCGCCUACACUGGAUUCCUUUGCUGCUGGUAUUCAUGAUAUUGAAAUGUACAGGACGACCGCAGAUGCAGUCUCGUCUCGUAUCCUGCGCACCUGUGCACGGCGUCUCGAAGAGCGUGACGCGUUCAAUACCCAGCAACGCCUCGCAAUCGAAGGUGAUGAUGACGAAGAGCGGCCACCUUCUCAACGAGCCGAACGACCCCGGGAAGACAUUGGCAUUAUCCUGGGGGCACUCAGUCGGGUUGAGAGGCGGUAG